GACAACUGCGGUUUAAUUUUUUCCACAACAAAGGCCCCACAGCACUCUGAAGACCCAAGUCUUCUCUUAAUAGCCGUCUACUAUUCGUUUUGGCGAUUCCUUCCUUAUCUCAUCGCAGAAAGCAUCCCCAUCACCAUCAUCCAUAUCAGAACUCUUUCAUCCUAAUUCCAAUCCCAAGCAAGAAAAAAUGGUUGAUGCUGCUGUUAGAGCUACCAUUAAGGUUGGAUUGAACACGGUUGUUUCCCUUGCCGCUGAUCAUGUUAAUCUGGCUCUUGAAUUCCCAGAGGAGCUGGAGAGACUCAAAGAUUCUGCUGCAAUGAUCCGAGGCUUCUUGGCCGGUGCCGACAAGGACAUGCGUAGACCAGAGGUGCAAAUUUGGCUCGAGCAGCUGGAAGAUGAGGUUUUCAAAGCUGACAAUGUGCUGGACGAGCUCAACUAUGAAAAUCUUCGUCGGAAGGUGAAGUAUCAAAAUCAAAAUCAACUCACGAAGGUAUUCUUCUGCUUUUCAUUCUUUAAUGAAAUUGCUUUUCGUUGGAGGUUGGGUUCAACGAUCAGGGGGGUCAACGCGAACCUUGAAGGGAUCCAUGGGCGUGCCAGAGGUUUGAGUCUGGAGUGCAAGGGCCAAUCUGAAGAAGCAUCGGGAGCCACAGCAAACCGACAGACCGACUCUAUGAUUGUUCCAAGUGAUGUCAUUGGAAGACACGAGGAUGAAUCAAAAAUAGUUGACAAGUUGUUGACCCAAUCUAAAAGUGAUCGUAUUUCAGUUAUUUCCAUAACCGGCCCGCCAGGAUUAGGAAAAACAACUCUAGCUAAAGCCGUUUUCAACAAUCCACAGUUUGAUAAUCAUUUUGACAAAAAAAUUUGGGUUUGUGUGGCUAAACCGGUUAACAUCUUGCAGCUCUUCAAAAUGAUUCUAGAAACGUCAACAGGAAAAAAGGCUGAAGUGGAUAAUAGGCAAGUAAUAGUUAAAGGAAUUGAAACUGAACUUAAGGAAAAAAGAUAUUUGCUUGUUCUUGACGAUUUGUGGAAUCAUCAACAACUAUUGUUGGAUAACUUUUUCACCACAUUUAAGGCACUCGAAGCGAAGAAAGGGAGCUGGUGUCUUGUUACCACUCGUCUAGAACAUGUGGCAACUACUCUGUCUGGACUUCCGCAGAUCAAUUUUACUCGCCAUAAGCUAGCAAAGCUAUGCAGUGAUGGUUGCUGGUCCAUCAUUAAUAAAUGGGUAAAUGUAGGGGAAGAAGUACCAAAAGACAUAAAGGAGCAAGUUUUAGGAAGAUGUAAGGGUCUACCUCUGGCAGCAACGUUAAUUGGAGGUUUGUUAUCUAACAAGGGAAUAGAGGAUUGGCUAUCUAUUUUGAAGGAGAGCCUCUUGAAUGGAGAUCAGGGUGGGAUUGAGCAAAUAAUUAAGGUGAGUUUUGAUCAUCUGUCACCUGCACCGGUUAAGAAAUGCUUUGCAUAUUGCUCAAUUUUUGAUCAAGAUACUGACUUGGAACAAGAUCUACUAGUUGAGCUUUGGAUGGCUGAAGGCUUUCUUCAACCGGAUUCCCAAAAUCAAACGAUGGAGGGAAUGGGAUGUGAGUAUUUGAGAAUUUUGCUGCAAACUUCCUUAUUGGAAGAAGUAAGACGUUGGAGGGGAACUUGGUAUAAAAUGCAUGAUCUUGUGCAUGAUUUUGCAAAAUCAAUUUUGAAUCGUAACAGCCGCAAUCAGGACCGUUACCUUGCGGCAUCUGAAAGAAUGUUAGAAAACAUGAACGAAAAAGCAUCAGCAUCACUUCGCACAUUAUUUCUGGACGGUGGCAUAGCUGAUGAUAUGUUAUCAAAGUUCAAAUACUUACAUGUCCUAAAAUUGUUUGGAGAAGAUGUCAAAGAGUUGCCGACCUCCAUUGGCAAACUAAUACAUUUACACUUACUUGACAUAUCAGGUUCUAGCAUUAGAACUUUGCCAGAAUCUCUUUGCAAACUUUACUGUUUGCAAACACUGAGAAUUGACGCGCUUGAAAAAGGUUUUCCAAAGGAGAUGAGCAAUUUGAUUAGCAUGAGACAUCUUCACUAUUUUCAUGAUGAUACAAGAUGCAAAAUCAAUUUGAUUAGCAUGAGACACCUUCACUAUUUUCAUGAUGAUACAAGACGCAAAAUCCAAAUGCCAUCCGGGAUUGGACGAUGGACUUGUCUUCAAACAUUGGAGUUCUUUAACAUAGGUCGUCAAGAGGAAGGUCGUGGUAUCCAAGAGCUUGGAACCUUGGAAGAUCUUAAAGGCUCCUUGGAGAUCAGAAAUCUUGAAUUAGUAAAUGGCAAAGAUGAUGCUGAACUGGCGAACCUAUCUAAAAAGCCAAAUCUGUAUCGGUUGGUAUUUGAGUGGGGCAAUAGGGAUCGGGAAAGUAAUAAAUGCGAUGAAAAUGUGUUGGAAGGCCUCCAACCUCACCCAAAUUUAAAAGAGUUGCAUAUCCGGAAUUUUAGGGGUGAACAGAUUCCACAAUGGCUUGUGAACUCAUCAACAUUAGUGGAAUUGUACUUUGUCAAUUGCCAUGUUUUGCUGGCAGAAAAGGUUUUGAGCAAUAUAACCACACUCUCGUCCCUUAAAUUAAAUGGUGACUUAAAUCUCUUUGGUAAUCAACGCGUCGAGUCUCUAAAAUUAGUGAUACGACCAGAGAGCAGCUUGAGCGACUCUGUCUUUUUCCAACUCUUCAGCGUGUAGUAUUGGGGGAUGCCCAUAAUGUAACAACAUUAAGAGGAAUGAGUUGCGCCGCUUGUCUUAAGAGAUUGGAGAUAGACCGUUGCAAGAAUUUACGAGAGUUGCCAGAAGAUCUGUAUCAAUUUCAAGCUUUAGAGCACUUGGCGAUACGGGGUUGCCGGAGAAUUGAUUCAUUUGGAUAUCCAAAUCCUAAAAAUUCAUUUGGACAGAAAGGCCUCCUUAAGUCUCUUGAGCGAUUUACUGUCGAAAGGUGCGGUGCAUUAACAAGUUUGCCAGUGGAGAUGUUCGAGUCGUGUACGUCUCUCCGAAAGCUGAAUUUGUCCAAUUGCCGCAGUCUGGUCUCCUUUCCCCUUGAUUUGCGACGAACCCCUUCUCUUGAGAGCUUCUCAUUAUACUGGUGUGCCAACUUGAUUGCUGGGAUGCCUAGUGGAUUUGGCUAUCUUACCAGCUUAAGGGAAGUGCACAUUGGUCCCUUCUCAGAUUACUCAGUAAUCGAAUUUGAUUGGGCUGGAUUAGCAUCUUCAUCAUCACUCCGACACGUGUCUUUUCGUGGAACGCCUGAAUUGAAAUCUCUGCCACAUCAGCUUCAAGACUUGACUACCAUCACAUCACUGUCUCUACAUCUCUUCGGAGCAAUCGAGGCCUUACCAGAUUGGCUUGGGAACCUUGCGUCUCUUGAUGAGCUAAUCCUCCGUGGAUGCCCAAAGCUUGAAUAUUUACCCUCCGUAGAUGCCAUGGAACGCCUCAAAUUAAGACGUCUGGAAAUUGACGGUUGUCCUCUAUUAACCGGAGGAUGCACACCUGAAAGCGGCUCCGAGUGGCCCAAGAUCUCUAAUAUUUCAGAGCGUGAAAUUUAUUGAUCCGGCCACAAGUGUCAGUGAAGCAGCAAGCAGUGAUAGCGCCGAAACAUUGUGAAAGGCUCAAAAGUGUGCUUAAGGCAGAGUCGGCCUGGAACCUCUAGAGCAUCUUAUUGCACUUUUCGCAUUCUCUAACUGCAACAUCAGGUUGUGGUUUCGAAUCAUUUUUGAAGAAAGAUGAGGAGGUAUGUGGUUUGGAAAUGACUCCACCCAACUUACUCGAAGUACAGGGGAAUUGGUCCAGUUUGUAUCUGACAUAGAUGAUGAUUCUUGAGACUCAUACUGCUGAAAAUUCAUUGGCCCUGUUGUAUAAUUAUAACUGAAGUUAUCCCACCAUCCUUGAUCA